CUCCCUCCUUUUUCUUGCUUUAAAUAUAUUCACCGUCAAAAACCUAUACAUACAUAUCGAUUCACGUCAAUAUAGAGAGAGAAACUGAAGAAAAUCUCCAAAAAUUGUAGAGAGAGAGAGAGAGAGAGAGAGAGAGAGAGGAUUUGCAGUAUUCGGUAAUGGCAGGAAGAGUAGAUCUGGACGGUAAUCCCAUUAAGCCGAUUACAAUAUGUAUGAUUGGUGCCGGUGGAUUCAUUGGUUCUCAUCUAUGUGAGAAGCUUAUGUCGGAGACUCCUCAUAAGGUACUCGCUGUCGAUGUUUACAGUGAUAAGAUUAAGCAUUUGCUUGAACCGGCGACGCUUACCUGGGCUGAUCGUAUUCAGUUUCAUCGAAUCAAUAUUAAGAAUGAUUCUCGCCUUGAAGGUCUCAUCAAAAUGGCAGAUCUGACCAUAAAUCUUGCUGCGAUCUGUACACCAGCAGAUUACAACACUCGUCCACUUGAUACAAUUUACAGCAAUUUCAUCGAUGCACUACCAGUGGUUAAGUACUGCUCAGAAAAUGGAAAGCGUCUCAUUCACUUCUCAACUUGCGAAGUUUAUGGGAAAACCAUAGGUGCCUUUUUACCCAAAGACAGCCCACUGCGGCAGGAUCCUGCUUAUUAUGUGCUCAAGGAAGACACCUCCCCUUGCAUCUUUGGACCAAUUGAGAAGCAGCGGUGGUCUUAUGCGUGUGCAAAACAAUUGAUUGAGAGGCUGGUCUAUGCUGAGGGUGCAGAGAAUGGCUUAGAGUUCACUAUUGUAAGGCCAUUUAACUGGAUUGGUCCUAGGAUGGAUUUCAUUCCCGGCAUUGAUGGUCCUAGUGAAGGUGUUCCAAGAGUAUUAGCUUGCUUUAGUAAUAACCUUUUAAGACGUGAACCUUUGAAACUUGUGGAUGGGGGAGAAUCACAAAGGACCUUCAUAUAUAUCAAAGAUGCUAUUGAAGCUGUUCUUCUAAUGAUUGAAAAUCCUGCUAGAGCCAAUGGCCAUAUCUUUAAUGUUGGUAACCCUAACAAUGAAGUUACUGUCAGGCAGCUGGCUGAAAUGAUGACUAAGGUCUACUCAAAGGUGAGUGGAGAGUCUUCUAUUGAAACACCCACCAUUGAUGUAAGUUCUAAAGAAUUUUACGGCGAGGGGUAUGAUGACAGUGACAAGAGGAUCCCAGACAUGACCAUCAUCAACAGGCAGCUUGGUUGGAACCCAAAGACUUCCCUAUGGGACUUGCUUGAAUCCACACUCACGUACCAACACAGGACAUAUGCCCAGGCUGUCAAGCAGGCCAUGUCUAAAACAACAGCAAAUUGAUUGUUCGCUGCUUGUUGGCAGGUCUUUCAAUGUCUUAUUACGAUUCUCCUGAGUAAAAAUCUACAUAGUCCAUCUCUCAUACACAAUUUUUCGUCACUUCUGUAAUCAAUCAUGUAUUCUAUUUUGUGACAGCAUAUUUAUUAAGAAAUUUGUGUCAUAGGCUGGUGUAUUUUGUCACUAGAGCUUCGAUAGUUAUUGGGGUAUUAGAUAAAGGAAAAGCUGUCCUGUUCUUAUAAGAUUUGUUGUCAUUCAUAUAUUCAUUCCUGUGUAUGGAAACAUCUUGUAUCAUUUUGAUCGACCUGUUGGUGGAGCUAUAAAUUUUUCUAUUUAUUCA